CGACAGGUGAAUGAAGGGGGGGCGUGUAGGUGCGCGGAGCUCGGUGGCCGCGCGGCUGGAUCCAGCUGGAAGAUGCCAAAUAGCUCCUGUAUCAGAAAGACGGUAUUGAACCAGUGUUUUCAGAAGAAUGAAAAAGAAAAAUUAAAACUGAACAUCUUAUUUGUAAGGUUGGGAUUGGUGAAUUAACUUAAAAAAAAAAUCUUGGCAGAGAUACAGGCUACUCCAGAGCAGCAGCUGGUGGAGAAAUGGAGAUGCAAUCCUAUUAUGGCAAGCUCUUGGGGGAGUUGAAUGAACAGCGAAAGCGGGACUUUUUCUGUGACUGCAGCAUCAUUGUGGAAGGGCGGGUCUUCAAGGCCCACAGGAACAUUUUGUUUGCCAACAGCGGCUACUUCCGAGCCCUGCUCAUUCACUACAUCCAGGACAGUGGGCGGCACAGCACCGCCUCCCUGGACAUUGUCACCUCCGAUGCCUUCUCCACCAUCUUAGACUUCCUGUACUCUGGGAAGCUGGAUCUGUGUGGGGAGAAUGUGAUUGAAGUUAUGUCGGCUGCCAGCUACCUGCAGAUGAACGAUGUGGUGAACUUCUGCAAGACAUACAUCAGGUCAUCCCUUGAUAUCUGCCGGAAGAUGGAGAAGGAGGCAGCAGUGGCUGCAGCGGUGGCAGCGGCAGCAGCGGCGGCAGCGGCCGUGGCGGCUCAUCAGGUUGACAGUGGAAGUCCCAGUCCAGGGAGGGAAGGGACCUCCUGCGAUACCAAGAGCUUGGUCUCCUCUCCAGGCGAGGGAGAGGAGAGUGUGGACUGUCCAAGAGUGUCCCCUUGCAGUGACUGCAGAGGCUGCCACCCGCUGGAACUGGUGGUGAAGGACAGCCAGGGCAGUGGCCCUGCUGACAGUGACCUCUCUAUUCUGCCCAAACAGAUAGAGCCCAAGGUGGAGUUUGAUGCUGACGAGGUGGAGGUGGAGGUGGAGGUGGAGGGUGGUGCGCACCUGCAGCCAUAUGCCGCCCCACUCAGCCUGACCCACAUGGAUGAGGGUUUGCCCGGUGGCCAGGCUGUCGACUUGGCUUACAGUAACUACCACGUGAAACAAUUCCUGGAGGCGCUCCUGCGCAACAGUGCUGUCCAGAGCAAAGAUGAUGGGGACCAUCACUUUUCCCAAGGUUUGGAGGGAAGACCAGAUGGUGCGGGAGGAGGCGUGAGUUCCAUGAUGGAUGUACCAACUGACUGGUAUGGAGAGGACUCAGGUGAUGUGCUCGUGGUCCCCAUCAAGCUCCACAAGUGUCCUUUCUGCCCUUACACCGCCAAACAGAAGGGCAUCCUUAAGCGGCAUAUCCGCUCGCACACGGGCGAACGACCCUACCCCUGUGAGACCUGUGGCAAGAGGUUCACUCGACAGGAGCACCUGCGGAGUCAUGCCCUGAGUGUUCACAGAUCCAACCGUCCAAUCAUCUGCAAGGGCUGCAGAAGAACUUUUACAAGUCACCUGUCCCAGGGACUACGGCGCUUUGGGUUGUGUGACAGCUGCACCUGUGUUACAGACACGCACGACGAGGAAGACGAUUUGAUGCCCAUCAACCUUAGCCUGGUGGAGGCUUCUUCUGAAAGCCAAGAAAAGAGUGACACAGACAAUGACUGGCCAAUCUACGUGGAGUCUGGUGAGGAAAACGAUCCCACUGGAGAGGAUUCUGACGAAAGACGGCAAAUCCGGCCCUACUUGUCAGAUCGGGAGACACUUACAUAGCAGUAAAUUUUGAUGGGGGGAGAGGUUUUAGAAUUUGCCCAUUCUACGUUCAAAAGCCACCAUUUGUCCAAGUUUUGGGGACCCUGAGAGGAACAUUUUUCACCAUUACUAUACUUGCAUUUUUUUUAUACUUGCAUUUUUGUUAGAUUACAUAGCAAAGUUUGGAUCUUAUGAGUCAAAGGACUAAUAAUUUCUUAGUGGAAUGGCCUUGGUUUCAGAGGACUUUGCUGAGUCCAUUCUGAGUGAAUCAAAGCUGGCCCCAAGGCUCCCCAUUCUUCCUGUUGUGUACUCAAACUCUGGUUAGGAGAAAGAUGAGAAUAUCUCCAUGCUUGUUUUCAUAUUGUCUCACUCAUCUACAUUUUUUUUUUUUUUGGUUAGCCCUUUUCUCUGUAAAAGAUAAGAAUAUCUUGAGAUCAAUCUCUCUUUUCCCAAGCCUCUCCUAAUAGAUUCCAUAUUUUAAUUUUCUGGUGAAGUCUUAAAGAGAAAGCUUCACAAUAAAAGGCAGUCAGGGCUGUUUGGCUACAUGAGUGGAAAGGUAUUUUCUAACUCUAAGACUGCAGUUUUAAGGGCUGGGCAUAUUUAUGUGCACACAAACAUGGAAAUGAGCUAAGAGGCUCCUGGGGUACUCUGACUUGCCCAGCUAAAUGAAACUUUAAGUUAACCCUGGGAAGGGUGCCUGUGGCCCAAGUCUGGUCAGUUUCCCUUCUAGUUUGAUAUUUGACAAUUCUACACACACACAGAUCACCAGUUUCGUGAACAUAAAACAAGUCAUUUGGGCAAAACUCAAAAUACUCCUGCUUUUUCCAGCCAUUUUCAAGAGAUGCUAUUGUGUAAUGUGGAAAUGUAGCCACUGUUGACAGUUUUCUACUUUGAUUAUGAAUAGAACUUUAAUUGGAAGGCAAGUGCAAGCCAAUAGAAACAAGUUGUAUUUCUAAAUUGUUUACCUUCUAAGAGAUCCUCUGGAGGGAAAGAAGGUUUGUAGAACAGGUUUUUAAAACCAUUCUGCUUUUCACCCACUUUGCAGCCAUACGGUUUUUCUAACAGAAGAGGCUGUAUUUCUUUAAAAGCUGAAGAGCAGGAAAUACUAGGGAUUAAAGAUAUUUAAGGCACUUUCAUAAUUUUGUCUUAUGUUAAAGUAUCCAAAAAAGAAUUUUAAAAGAAAUCUUUUUCUCCCUUUAAUUUUAGUAUAGUUGUGUUUCAAAAGGUGGCAAAACCACCUUUCUUUCUGUCUCUUGAACAAAAAAGCCAAUAAAAAAAUUAUAGAUUGGCUUGUGAACGUUAUCACUGAAGAGUUCAAAAGGUAUUUAAACCAUACUUCUCAAUAGAAGUUAGAACUCCAGAAUAGUGUUACUCAGACUGUGGCUCCCAGGCAGCUGGCCUAUGAAUUCUUUGAUACCAAUGCACAGAGUAGGACCACAUGUUGGUCUAUAGUAGAUUAGAAAUUUCAGAACUGGUCUUUUACCAUAGAUUGUUGGAAAAUUAUUGUUCUAGAUCAAGAGUAACAAACUAAAAAUUAUCAAGGACCAGAAAUACUUUUUCAUACCUGAAAUGGAAAUAUUAGCUAUUCUUUUUAAGGAGUGAUCUUAGCAAAAGGGAAAUCUAACUGAUUGUGUAGAAGGUAUGCUUUGCAAGGAGUUAUAUUUGGUAUCUUCACUGUUUAAAUUAUUUCUAGUUUUUUUUUUUUUAAGAUUUUAUUUUUAAGUAGUCUUUACAUCCAACAUGGCUUGAACCCACAACUCCGAGAUCAAGAGUCACCACGCUCCACUGACUGAGCCAGCCAGGUGCCCCAUUUCUGGUAUUUUAAUGUGACUUUUCUACUUCACAGUUCAAUUUCUCUGCCUGCUUUCUCUGGUAGACCAUGAUCCUCUUCAGUGAUUCCAUGACCUGAUCAUAUCGCUGGGUGCAAAGUAAAUUUACAUUAGCAAUUUCACUGUAAGAUGAUGACUUUCAACUGGGGGUGAUUUUGUCCCCCCAGCGGACAUUUGACAAUGUCUGGAGAUGUUCUCAAUUGUUACAACUCAGGGCAGGGUGUUGCUGGCAUCUGAAUACAGUUGCUGCUAAACAUUCUACAGUGUGUAGGAGGCCCUUUAGAACAAAGAAUUAUCUAGUCCAAAAUGUGAAGAGUACCAAGGUUGAGAAACCUGACCAUAAGAUACAGUAAGAUUUUUUAAAAUGAACUUUAAUGAGUGAAUCUAAUUUCGUGUUAUAUUUAGGUUACCUAUUACCUUCAAAAUAUUUAGUAGGCCCAUAUGCUCUCACAAGUUUUGGGAAAUAGUGAAAUUAUUAAAUGGAGAACUGAGGCCAAAUUCUUCAUAACUUGCCCAAGCUCUGAUUUGGUUUGUGAUGUGGAAACUUAGAAAUUUUGCUCUGACUCAUGCUCCCAGAACCAUUACUAGGCUCUGGUCAUUUUAUUACGUUUUCAAGUAGUAAAAUCAAUGGAACGAAAGCGGAACAUGAAACUUAAUAUUUAAAUAAUUCUUUUUUCCAUAAUGUCUCAAAUUAUUGCAUUCAUGGUUGGUUGUUUUGAACUAGCAUGUUGAUAUUAGUACUAACUGGAUCAAUGAGUUCUAUCACUUUUAAUGGAAAUAAUUGCUCUAUUUGGACUAUCAGAUCAUAAACAGUCCUCUUCUAAAUUUAUGUUCACAAAUGGUGGUAUUUAUAAUUGCACAGUGUCUGAGAUUUAAUUAAUGGAGUUGGUGAUACUUUUAUAAGUAAAUUCAUGGUUGGGCCCAAGAUAGACCAUUAAUGAUUUAUUUUAUAUCUGGCAUCUUUCUGGCACAUUCAAUGCAAGUUCACAAAGGGAUUCUUGAUCUUAUACUUGAUACAUUGUAUGGACAGGAACAAAAUUCCUACUUGAAUAGGAUUUAAUAAUGGCAUCCCUGGGAAGUUGUUUUUCUUGGGGGAAGGGAACAAGCUUUCAUAGCAAGGGUUGGAAAGGAAUGUAAAUAAAGUCUGUAUCUGUAAUAGGCUAAGAAAUGACAUAGAGCAAUGUGACUUCCGGUCAUUUGGCAGAUAGAUGUUAUUUUGAUGUAAAUAUUUCGAAUAUUCCUUGAGAAAGUUACUGGCCUAGUGGUCUGCAAAAUGUGAAAUUGAGUAUUCUGGAGGUUCAGAAUACGUGAUGGUAUUGUUGUUAAUUGAUGUGAAAAAGCCACAUGUAUGGCUGCAUGUGCUGAUUCUGAGGGCAGUGGGAAGACUUGAGUGGCCUUUGGUCAACUGAAUUCAGACUGCUUCAUUGGACUUGUAAGUUUUUCUUGUGUGUCUCUUGUGCAUUAACAAUAGGAUUAUCUCUGUGAAGUCUAGUGUAACGGGGUGGGGAGGGGCCUAGGGUUGGGUGUAUGAGAAGUUCUGUACUUCCUGUUGAUCUCUUGUAGGUUGCCUUGUGCUUUCAUGUGGUUGUGCUAUCUUCCAGCUCCAAAAAGGGGCACUUUAUUCAGUUGCUUAUCAUGGGCAAUUUUUCAUGGAUUUUUGUUCAGUGUUUCUGCUACGUAUCACUAUGCUCCUCAAACCUUUCAUUAUAGUGUGGAAAAUUGAAUUCUUUUCUUCAGAUAAUGCUCCUGUAGAGAGAAAUGAAAAGUUAAUUGUCUGGCAGGAGCAGUUUGGUUGUUUUCUCACAUGCUCCUAGUUUUAAAAGGUGACACUAACUUACACCAUUGUGAUCAGAUGAUAUGGAAUCUUCAUAACUGGAGAACUUCUAGCAUCUGUUCUGACCUCCAGGUAGAUUAUUUUUUUCUAUCCCCAAUUAUUCAUCAGAACUGUGGUUUGGGGGAGCAAUUUUUAUAUCUAAUUUGAUUUUUGGAUAUUUGUCAUAUCAUAUUAAAAACCAGGGGGUUAAGGUGGGGUUAUGUGCUUGGAGGGAGAAGGUUUAGUAGGAACAAGCUUGGGGAUUUUAAGAGAAGGCAUCAAUUGGAGAUUUAUGUCUUGGUGACAUGUAAUGGAGAUGGAUUAUCUGUCAUGCAGACAGUGAUGGGUGUGAUUAUGAAUUUUUUGGAAGCAGAAAACUAUGCCAGACAGUUUCACAUCUCUCAUAGUCCCUGUGGAGCAUCUGCAACAAAACAAAACACGAAGCAAGUAGUAUCACAGUGGUCUACUUAGGCUCAACUGAGCAUUUAGAAACAUUCACACUCAUAAACUGCUACUCUUGGGAUCAGAGUCACUUAGAAGGAUGUAGAUGGGAAGCACACCUCACCAGGAGGACAGAGCCAGAUGUUGCUCUUCUGUUGGAGUCCCUGCAACAGUUCACGUGUCAUAACUUAGAUGCAAGGAGACAGACCCACAUUAGGCAAGUAUGGAAACUAUCCUGGCUUAAAAGCCUCUUGUCCUAUGGGAGCAAAUGUCCAUUAUAACAACUCCAUAGAUAAAGUUUCCAGGGUUCCUGCAAGAGAUAUGUCCAUUCCAAGUGUCAUUGUGCUUAGGGAAGUCCAGAGUUGUGGCUUCCUUUCAGAUGCUUAUAGUUCUCCCAUUCUGGAUGCAGUUUACCAAUUAGGGGUCAUAUUUACCAUGCGUAAUGAUGCCAGCAGCAUAGUUGACAUGCUAUUCUUUAUUAGGUUGCUGGGAGAACAGAGCUAGAAAAUUAACCAAAGGUCAAAUUCUCAUAUGGAAGGGGGAAAAGCUUCUCUUAAUUCAUUACCAGACAGUAUGCUGAGUAUUGCACAAUAGAUACCCCAUCUACUUCCUAUAAAAUGUAGCCAGAGGAAUUUCCUACUAAAAUAUAGCCAACAUCGAUUCAUCUUCCUCUCUUGAAGAGUAUUCAUUCUUUGUGUUUAGCUGCUUGUGGUUAAUACACUGUUGGCAAAUUCUGCCAAGGUGUGUCUAAGCGUUGGAUAAAUAGUCAAAACAGUCCCACCAAAGUAUCAUAUGUCCUUUGGUGCUACUUAUAGGUAGGUAUGGUAUGACAUACUACAAGGACAUCAUUGAAUGGAAAUUUGUGGGGAUCCCAUCCAUCACACAUUGAUGGGAACCUAUGUCCUCCUGACAACUACCAAACACAGGCUCUUGGUAGAGAUGCCUCUUAUUGCUGUCAUGUGGCGAUACUCCUGCUUGUUACUGUUGCCCUUGGAAGAUCAAUAAGUGGAGAUAGCUAUCCAACAAUUAUUUAUGGAGUCCUUACUAUGUGUCGGGUACUAGGGGUACAUCAAUGAACAAGCAAAAUUUCUGUCCUCGAGGAAUUUGCGUGAGUGACCAGGGGGACUAGCAAUUAGGCAGUUACAACGCUGGUUUGGGUGUGACACCGGGGCAAGGAUGGGAAGGGUGCUCUGAGAGUGAUGGGUAGAGCCGCUAGCCCAGUCUCAGAGCCUCCAAGAAGGCUUUCUUGUCUAAGCUAUGGUUAAUUGUGGUCCUUCCCAUCUAGUAAACUAUCUUUGGGAUAUAAUUUACAAGCAGUUUAAACAGUUUCUGACAUUUCCUGCCUUUUCCAAACAUGGUGGCUUUAGACAUUAACAAUGUUUAAAUUACCUGUUUUAUUCAGGGAUGUAAAAAUAUGAUAAGCAUUUCAGAAUAUCCUAGUCUUCAGAAAAUAUGCAUUAGAUGCUAUGGUUUUCUUUUCUCUUUUCUUUU